AUGGAUCCGCCAAGUGGCACGGACUAUUUUGAAGGCCAGCCACCGACCCUUCCCAGGAUGCUACAGCCCGGGUCAGAGAGCGACGACGAUAUAACUUCAGCGCGUAGCUCCGACGCUCUGUCCGAUUCUGGAUCUGCAUCCGAGUCUGAUGCCGGAUCGGAGGACGAGGAGCAAGACCUGAUCGAAAAGCUGGUUGAAAGCGCCGGAAGCGAAAUCUUCGAACUCGUCAACGAGAUCGACUCCGCCAUCUGCCCACCCUGCAUCAACAUCAUCAGCGCAUUCUCUAAUGGUUCCGUGCCGAUUAUGACCCGCGAGAAGCGAUCCGAGUCUUCGCUUCUCCAUCACAAGACCGUAAAAGGGCUGGUCGAGUGCAGCACGACUUGCGGGAUAUGCGCGUUGAUCCUGCAUGUGUUGGACCUCAGCGGCGCGCAGUUUGACACGCUGAGAAAGCCUUUGACCGCUGCUGAGCGAGAAUUAGUCCUUGGCGAAAUCGGAGAAGUUCUAUUGGAAGCGGGAGCUGUGGAGAGUGCUUACGAAUUCCAUCAAGCCGUGUUUGAGAAAACACGAGGGGGAACUGGUAUCAUCGACGACUAUGGCUUCGGGAAAGAUGCUAUAAUCAAUGCAUCCGGCGCCCGAGAGAAUAUGCUGGCAAAAUGGGCAGCCGGGCUGUAUGCGCAGAAACCAGCUACGCAGCGGAGGUGCCAACUCGACGGACACACUGUCACUCAUGAGCCGUUUUCCGAUUGUGUUCGCAACCAUCCUGAGUGUGCAGGCUCUUCUAUAUCGCCUAGUAUGAAUUACGUUCUUCCAACAAGGGUCGUUGGUGUUGGUCUGACCACCGAUUCUACCCCCAAAUUUUUUACGACGGUCCCCAAGCGCGGUAGGACCUUGAACUACAAGUGGGGCCAGGUCGAUUUAGUUAGGACCGUAGUGGAUAAUUUUGCAGAAUUACAGCAUGGAAUCGAGUUUUCGGCCUUACCAGCAACAUUCCCAGAUGCCAUCACUAUAAAUCAGCACCUUGGCCUGCGUUAUCUCUGGAUCGACUCAUUAUGCAUCAUACAGAACUCACCUGAAGACUGGCUGAAGGGCGCGGCCAGCAUGCCGAACAUAUAUCGAAACUCUUAUAUCACCAUCGCUGCAGCGACUACCGAAAAUUGCAACGGGGGUAUAUUUGUCGAGAGGGCAUGUGUUCCCAAUUCCAGGCCCGCGAUACUACCUGUACAAGUCGCAUCACAGGAGAGCCAUUUUCCGAUUCGUUUCGAUGUUCCAUUUGGUAAAGACAUGACGAGCAAAGAGACGGAUUCUCUCCAGUCCCGGGCUUGGUGCAUCCAAGAAUCGCUGCUCAGUCACUGUCUUUUGCAAUUUGACGCACUUCAAAUAGAGAUGCAACCGGUUCUUGCUCGGGAGGAAAGAAACACUUUCUUGGCACAUUCUGAAUAUCGCAAGCACGGUCUCUCUAUCGGAGACUCUGCGAUGGUCCAUAGGAUGAUAAUCAGUUGGUAUGAUAUCUUGUAUAACUACACGCGUCGAGAUCUCACCUUCCCAAGCGAAAAACUUGUCGCGAUCGCCGGUAUCGCGAAUAUCGUUGGAAGACGUAUCCACGGUAGCUACUUUGCUGGACUGUGGGAAAACGACAUGCCUCGUGCCCUUCUCUGGUCUCCAUACGAAGAAGAGACUCUCCCUCAUAGAUGUGAGCUUGACGGAUCCAGCUGUCGACCCACAAUCCCUCAGCCUUACAGCUCUCUAUCGGCUCUGGGUCUUGGCUUAGACCAAGAUGGGAGGAGCAAGCAGUGGCGCUACUGCACGCAAACUGACGAGAAUUUAAGGCAAUGA